UCUUCCUUCCCUCGAAUCAAUCGCUCUCUCUCUCUAUACAGAUAGGAUUUUACAAUCGAUUGAAUUGGGGCUGGUUUGGUUCACAGAAAAAAUGUCGAUUCGCUUCAAAUUCAGAAGCUGUUUAAACUUCGACUCUGUUGAUAUAGAUGGCCGGACCUCUAUAUCUUUAGGAGAACUGAUGUUGAAGAUCGCCCGCCUGAAAAAGCUCAACAUUGGGCAGGAUUUCGAUCUCGUUUUCUCCGAUGCCCUCUCCGGAGAAGUAUAUAAUGACGAAAGUAUUCAGAUUGCGAGUGGGUCAAGUGUAAUUAUCAGGAGAGUUCCUGCUGGAAUGACUCCCUCAACUGUUAAGCCACCAAUUGGUACCAUGAAGGAUUUAGGGUUGAAAGAUGUUGAUCGUAUGAAUCAGGUGGAUGCGCAAGUCAAUGAGUUUCAUGACUUUGGGGCUGACUUUUUUCCGCUGGCUGAGGGAUUUGAUCAGCAGAACUACUGGGACUUUGAGAAAGAGUACCUCUCAGGUCCAAGGUUUCAGUAUCAAAAUCUUGAUUCAAGAGGCUUAAAUCAGGCAAUCCAAAGAGGUUUUAACCAUAGCAAGAUCCCAACAAAGUUACCUGAACUAAAAACUCCUGAUGCGCGGACAUUGCACAAGGUGAUACACUCCAACUUUCCAGCUUUUCGCAAUAAUGUUUUACCGGACGAACUGAAAUGCCCUCUGUGUAAUAUCUUCUCUAAGGAUGCUGUGAUGAUACCUUGCUGCCAGCACAGUUUUUGUGAGAAAUGCAUUCGUCUGGUUCUUCUAGAAAAGGCGAAGUGCCCAAAAUGUUCUUCUAGCAGAUGUAGAGUGGAAGAUCUGCUACCAAAUAUAUCUCUCAGGCAAACAAUUGAGCAUUUUCUUGCAACUGAGUCAGAAAAUGCUUUACGCAGACAUGUUCCAGAUGGUGAAUCUGGCAAUCAGGUGAAGGAUAUUUGUUGUGCUGUAACUGUUGCGCAACGGAAACCGGAGAUGCCUCAUUCACCCUCAGCUACUGGAAAAGGAUCCAAUCAAGUUAUGGUAGACCCACCUGUUGGGAAAAAAGCGUUGUCUAGGAUAAUGCAACAAAUAGAUGGAGGAAGAGGUCAAUAUGCUAAUCAUUGGAAUUUUCCAAAUAUACAUGAUGACCCAGAAUAUUUUGAGGCUGAAAGCAAGCCUCUUAAUUUGCUUCAUUCCCAUGAUCAAGAUGAAGAUUCUUCCAUCAAGAAGAAUACAGGCCUGUGGUGUGACACAAGAGGUGGGAACAUGAAUUUUCCGCCUGCUGGUAUUAUGGAGGACCCUAAUUGUUACGUGUAUGGUUCUCCUGAACAUGUCAACAGAGUCUCUGCUCUUGCUUCCAAUCCAAAUCCAAUGCUUCAAACAGGAAACCUCAUGCUUACAGGAGGAUUUCCAACCUAUUCAUCACCUUACUGGAAUAACAAUACGUAUUCCACACCACGGCCAUUUGCAAAUAUGUAUGAUAAUGCUGGAAAUGCUUCAUUUAAUGCUGGUAUGGUUCCCCCGGCACCUGCUUAUGUUCCUCCUUAUAUGCCAUCUAUGCAUGCUGGCAUGCCUCUACAUGGAGAAAUCAUGAGAAUGGAUGGUAUGGCACUUCCAGCUGGAAACAGAGAUGAUCUCCCAUUGAACCAAUAUGAGUACAUGGGCGCCCAGCUUGCUGAAGAAAACAGGAGAAUUCAGAAUGAAAAAAUGGGAAGUGGGCAAUAUUGUCAAGCUGAGUCUAACUUUAAGGAGCAUUUCCCAAAGGACGAUCGAGAAGCAACAGGAAAGUUCCACAAGGAGAGGGAACCAGGUACAAAUUGUUCUGAGGAUCGCUUUGCUCGCAAAACACACAGAAAGCAGCUCAAUGUUGAGGAAAGAAGGGAGAAAAGUCAUCAUUCCUCAUCUGCUAGUAGAGACAAGGUGGCUCGUCACUCUGACAGGUCUAAUGAUGGUUUUCCUAGUAGUUCUGAUAGGCGCAGGAGAGAAAUUCAUCAACACCAUUUUCGGGACUCAAGAAAGCGUCAUGAAAGAGACUCUCAUCAUAAGCAUAUCCCAAGUUCUGCACUAGAACCUACUACACCUGUGCAUCAGAUGGCACGAUCCAAAGAGAGGAGGGGUUUUGGGCAUGAUGCAAAGCACUCCAGGCACCAUGCAAGACGCUCCACCGAUGAGGUUCGUGACAACAAGAAAAGCGGCUCUUAUGAAGAUUGCAGAGAUGGUUAUCAUCACAAGCGAAAGAGAGAUCAUUGAGAGUGAUGAAUGUGAACUUGUAACUGAAGUUGCACAUACAUCAGUGUAGAUCUGUAGAAUGGUUGGCUUUGUUGAUACAUAUCUGUAGAGUAACCGGCUUUUGGAAAGUACAUCAUGACUAACCCUGUUCAUUUACGUAACUGUAAUCCUCUUCACUUCUUUAGUGUGAGGUCUGGCUGCUAGACAAAGGUUUUAACCAGAAGCCAUCUGGUUACAAAUAGUAUUUUGGAUCAUUUUAUAUGCUGCCCAACCAUCGUUUUGGACACAGGUAUGGAAGCUGAUUUGAGGUAUGUUCUCUAACAUGGAUCUAGAAUAGGCUUUCUAAUGCUUACUGCAAUUAAGUCCUAUUCACUUAAUUUGGAAAGCCUAUCACUUCCGUCUAGCAGCCAACUAGACCGAUCAACACAU